AUGGAAAAUCCUCAUGAACAGGCUCAGAAUGCCUUACUCUCCAGAAUCAUCAACAACAUGGAGAACUUGAAUGAAUCAGUAGUCACAAUCAACAAGUGUUUGCAGGAAGUCAACAGAAACAACUUGGAUACCGAAAUCUUGUCCCAGAUGUGGGAAAGUUAUCUUCGUAACGCCGAGUUCAACUUAGAGGCCACGGGCCAGAAAAAGGAACCCUUGUAG